AUGUCCGACGCUAUUAUUUCCUACGCUGCUUUGAUCUUGGCCGAUGCCGGCUUGGACAUCACUUCCGACAACCUUUUGUCUUUGACGAAGGCUGCUGGCGCCUCCGUUGACAAUGUCUGGGCUGAAAUCUUUGCUAAGGCCUUGGAGGGCAAGGACGUCAAGGAGGUUCUAUCCGGCUUCCAUGCUGCCGGUGCCUCUGCUGGUGCUGCUUCUGGCGCUGCUGCUUCCGGUGCUGCUGCUGAGGCUGCUGCUGAGGAGGCUGCCGAGGAGGCUGCUGAAGAGUCUGACGACGACAUGGGCUUCGGUCUAUUCGACUGA